GGGCAGCCUGUCUUCCUUCUCCACACUCAGAGGCAAGUGGCAGAGACUACUCAGAAGCUUGGAAGCUGCUGGCAUCGCAGGCAUCUCGGGUAGAAGCUCUGACAAGAACCAUGUUCAGCAGUGCUGRGAGCGAUCUGAAGGUCACUGGGGUUGACUUUCUCAAGAGCCAGAACACCCAGCAGCACCACACGGAUGGGUACAACAUCAAGCACCUGGUGGUGCGGCGUGGGCAGCCCUUCCAGGUGCAGCUCAGCCUCAGCAGGGAGCUCAAGGCUGGUGACAAACUGUCCCUGCGCUUUGGCAUUGGUGAGAACCCGAUGAAGAACAGGGGGAGCCUGCUGUCACUGAAACCGGAGCGGGAGGACUUAAACGGGUGGAAAAUCUCCAUUGCCAAGAGGAAUGGCAAAGAGUGCCUGCUAUCUGUCACCAGCUCUCCCAGUGCCGCCGUGGGAAAAUACAACCUGCAUGUGAAGACUGGGACUAACAUUUACAAGCCUGAAAAUGGUGUUGUCUACCUUUUGUUCAAUCCUUGGUGUGAAGAUGAUGCUGUCUACAUGGCCAGUGAGGCRGAGAGGAAGGAGUACGUGCUCAACGACACUGGCUACAUCUACACUGGGACUGCCUACAUGAUAUAUGACAAGCCCUGGAAUUAUGGRCAGUUUGAGGAAUUCAUCUUGGAUGCCUGCAUGUAUCUGCUGGACAAAAGCAACCUCAGUCUGUCUGAUAGAAGGAGUCCUGCAACUGUGUCCAGAGCCAUGUCUGCUUUGGUUAAUGCCAACGAUGACAGAGGUGUCCUGAUGGGGAACUGGUCAGGGAAUUACACUGGUGGGACAUCCCCUAUGGAUUGGAUUGGGAGUGUCACCAUUCUGCAGAAGUACUAUAAAACAAAGAAGCCGGUCUGCUUUGGGCAGUGCUGGGUUUUCGCAGGAGUCCUCAAUACGGUCAUGCGCUGCUUGGGAGUGCCCUGCCGCUGUGUGAGCACCUUCGACGCGGCCCAYGACACGGAUGAGAACCUGAGAGUGGACGUUUACCUGAACGACAAAGGGGAAAAGCUGAACUCGCUGUCCCUSGACUCUGUCUGGAACUUCCACGUGUGGAAUGAUGCCUGGAUGAAGAGAACAGACAUACCAGAGGGGUUUAAUGGCUGGCAGGCAAUUGAUUCAACCCCUCAGGAGCUAAGUCAAGGCCGUUUCCAGUGUGGCCCGUGCCCGGUGAAGGCUGUCCGGGAAGGAGAGGUGUACUUGCCCUACGACAGCAAGUUUGUGUACGCGGAAGUGAACGCUGACAGAGUCUUCUGGAUCGUCAAGAGGGUGAACGGCAAGGACAAGUACUACAGGGUCGGCACAGAGACCCAGGGCAUYGGCAACAACAUCAGCACAAAGGCCGUGGGGCAGAACAGGCGCCAAGACAUCACCUGGGAGUACAAGUACCCCGAAGGCUCCAGAGAGGAAAGRAAGUCUAUGGAAAGAGCUUCUAGCUUCCUGCGCCCGGCAGGAUUGAUACCUCGAUCAGGCUACGCUACAACUGCACAGGCAACGAGCAGCAACAUCCAGCCCUUGAUCCUGAAGGAGCCAGUCACCAAGAGUGGGCUCCACCUUGACRUAAGCAAUACAGAACCUUUGCAUCCCGGCAAUCCCCUUGAAUUUGCCAUCACAGUGAAGGCCGCUACUCCUGGGAACUGGACCGUCGAACUUCUUGGCUCYUGCCAGCUGCAGUACUACACUGGAAACGUUCAGGCCAAUCUUGGGACUAUCAAGGAGACCAUCAGUCUUGAAGGCAAYUCUGAGAUGCAGGUCCCCCUGAAGAUAGCCCCUGAUGCGUACAUGAAGUCGCUGGCCUCCCUGGAAGGCGAGGUGCUCAUCCUUGUCACUGCUGUUGCUGAGGUCAAGGAAACAAACGACAAACUCACCAAGGAGACCUCGAUGAGAUUCGAGUACCCCCCCAUCACUGUSCAGAUGCCCGAAACAGCCAAACUGUACAAUGACUUCACCUGUGCAUUCAUCUUCAAGAACAAGCUGAAUGUGACCCUGGAAAACUGCAAGCUGCUGGUGGAGGGCUUGGGCAUAUUUAAGAUGACAACAUUUGAGCAGGGGGAUAUAAUGCCUGGCAGAAUCAUGAAGUCUGAAGUAAUAUGCACUCCAACAAGACUAGGAGAGAAGAAAAUCAUAGCCAAGCUGAUCUCAGACCAGAUCAAAGGGAUCUCURCAGAGAAAGCCAUCAUGAUCACUGAGUAGGAUCAGCACCUUUUYGGGGUGCAAAUGUUGGCCUUGCUGAAUGUAUUUUAUCACUGGGCAUUUCUUGUCUCCUUGAUUGCUGUGUAGUACUUUUAAUAUAAAGAGCAAAAUUGCCAUAAAGCUACAGGAAUUAAAGUGACUUUAAGGGGUGCAGCUGCAUUGAUUGCAGUUAACUGUGAUUCAAUAAAGAUUGCUAAAAUUGACUCUGUGAUU